AUGAGCUUGGAUGAGAUAGAAAGCUCGCAAGAGCCCAGCAAGCCCCCAGACUUGCAACGGACCCCUCGGGGAAACCGGACUCGCCCAUCUGGCUACAACCUUCCUCGACCACCCUCCCCCACUGUCACAAUUCCUACCUUGUCUGCGAAACGUGUCAGAGUGAACGCACACGUGCCGAAGCCCUAUGAGAGACAACCUACACGGAAACUAUCCGACCUAACCGCAAUCAGACGCAUGCGAAAGAAGGCGCUGAACAAACGACGCAACAAUUCCAAAGAUACGCAUCCCAGUGAAGCAGACGCGAGCGACAUGGAGUCUGACAUGGACCUCGACACUGACCUCGAAGCUGAAGCCCCACCAGCCAACCAAAUCAUCGAACUCAUCGAACUGCUCGCACUCAAAUUACAGGAUGCUAUUCAAAAGAGACUGCUCCCCAGUAACUUCGCGGCGCAAGUUAGCGAAUCUGGACACAUGCUGACAGAGUGUGAGGCCCCGGCACAGAAGGCCUGCUCUGGUCUUACCCAGACUGGGCCUAAGCGAACGCAGUAG